AGCAGAUUUUGAGUUCAGGGGCAGUCAUGGUUCCUACAUAUAGGUUUUUGGGGGAAACAGCAUUCGGAACCUGAGGUGGAGUGAUCGUCCUCGCGUCUUGCCCCAAACUCCAGACUCUCACUGCCGGCUGUCGGAUAUGCCGUGGGAUGGGUGGAGGUCGGGAUAUCCGGGGGUGGGAGUGACGAGACGUAGCGAAAAUGGUUCCUUAGAUUAUUCAAGAGGAGAGUGGAGGGGGCGAAUGAAAUGACCCUUGCACUUCUUCGCAUCCGAGGCAAACCAAUGGUCCUGAAUCCAACAUGGAGAGAAGCUCGGGAGAACUCACCCCGGGAGCUGACGUCACUCCAUCCAAGCAUCUGGCAAUUCAUUUCCCUAUUGGUAUCUGGCGUGAAACCGUAAUCAAAAGAGUGUCCGAAAGCCAACUGGGCACACGGGCGACCAGCGCCCUUUUUCCGACGUCCCUAAGAAUCCUCUAUACCGUCCGUGGUGAAUUAGUUCCUGCUCCGACGUGUCCGCCUGAAGAGCUCUCGUCGCUGUCCCCCGACCGCCUUCGAUUCCCAAUAGGCCUGGUAUCAGAGGAUAAGGUGGACGAGCUCCUGCUCAGAGAUGACGGCGAAGCAGGGACAGAUGAAUUCGGUGUGGUGCCUUGUGAUGAUCCAGCAGAGCCCUUGAACGCUGCCGCCGCAGCGGCCGGAUUGCAGUGA